AUGGCCACGGAAGUUUUUGACGCAGACAAGGAACAAGAAACCAAGAAAAACCAGUCGCGUAGAAUCCAGAGCCUCCAAAAGACCGAAAAGGACGAUCCGGAAUGGAAAUUCUUUGACACGGCGCGGAUUCACGUGCAGGCCGGCGACGGUGGUACAGGCUGCGUCGCGUUUCGUCGGGAAAAGGGGGAAGCUCGGGGCGGCCCCAACGGCGGACGAGGUGGAAGGGGUGGGUCACUCUACCUUAUUGCUGAUCCCGGCCUGAAUACGCUCAUGCCUUUGCGACAGAAAGUGCACGUCAAGGCCCGACAGGGCCGCAACGGGCAGGGUAAGAAUCGAGACGGAACCAGUGCGGAUAAUAUCUACAUUCGUGUACCACCAGGAACUGUCGUACGGGAUUUAAAAACACAAAAGGUUGCCGGAGAACUGCGGGAGGCUGGACAAAAACUGUUGGUUGCCAAAGGCGGUCGCGGUGGACGCGGAAACGCCGCUUUCAUGACGGCGCGUCGGACGGCCCCCAAGCUGGCGGAACGAGGUGAACCCGGGUCAGCCAGGUGGCUGUCGGUGGAAUUGCGAUUAUUGGCGGAUGUUGGCUUCUUGGGCAUGCCAAAUGCGGGAAAGUCCACCUUGUUGGCGGCGGCUUCGGCGGCUCGGCCCAAAAUUGCCAAUUAUCCAUUCACCACGAUUGUGCCCAAUUUGGGUGUUUGUGACUUGGGUCAAGGGGCAGGACUCGUGCUGUGCGAUAUUCCCGGACUUAUUGAAGGGGCCUCCGAGGGUGCUGGUAUGGGCGGUGCCUUUUUGCGCCACGUCCAGCGGUGCCGAGUUCUACUCCACGUCGUCGACGGUACAUCGGAGGAUCCGAUUCGCGAUUUCAACAUUAUCAACAAGGAACUCCAGCAAUACGACGAAUUUUUGGCUCAAAAACCACAAGUAGUCGUCUUGAAUAAAAUCGACGUCCCAGAAGUCCAAGAGAGGCAAGAAGAGUUGAUGGAAGCUUUGAGAACCGCUACUGGCCAUUCUCGGGUCUUGGCUAUUUCUGCCGCAACGACAGAGCGUGUACAGGAGUUAAUGGGGCGACUCCGCAAGUUUGUCAACGUGCAACCAGUUCCAGAUUUACCAGUGUUGCCCGAAAUCGACUUGUCCAAAGCUGGUUUGGACUACGACAGCGACGAUUUUGAGAUUCAGUCCGAUCCAUCCUAUCCGGGACAAUGGCGAGUGCUCGGCGAGUACAUCGAGCAGAUGGCCAAAAUGACCCAUUGGGAAUACCCGGAAGCGGUAGAACGAUUUGGACGGCAGCUAGAGGCACUCGGUAUCAGUGCGGAACUGGCACGUCGUGGGGCUCAAGAUGGCGAUCUCAUCAUGAUUGAUCAAUACGACUUCGACUUUUCUCCUGGAAUGACCAACGUAUAUAUCCCUCCCGAUCUGUUAGAGCAAGAAGAAAAGUUUGCCAAAAGCAAAACCAUGAAGAAAGAAGAGGAGGAGAACGACCAAACAUCCUGGCGACCAUUCCAAGAGGGUGGAUUUCUGGACGUAGAUGUGGAAGAAUUUGUCGGAUUUGGAGAAGAGGACGACUGGGAUCUUUUGGAAGAUGACGACUUCGACGAAGACGGAGCAUUUGUGUACUCCGACGAUGAAGUCUGGACUUCGUAG